CAUUGUUAUAUUAUUGCAGUCAUAUAUGCAUUAUAUAUAUAUACGCAUACAUACAAACACAUACACGCUUCAUAAACGCAACUACAAUAAAGUCAUAUAAGUCAGUCAUAAGGUCGCACACGCUUACGCUCUAAGAUUCGUUCUAUUGUCGAGUAUCGAAUUAUUUACUCUCUCUCUCUCUCGUUCGCUUGCUCGCUCGAUCGCUCUUUUUUUUUCUCUCCUCUAAAUGUGUCAAGGGCGUAGCACUUUCUUAUCUUUUAACUUUCUUUUUUAAGCCGUUUUACGAACGCGCCACCUAGAAUCGAUUAAUACUAGACAAAAGUAGAUCCAACUAUGAAAAGUGAGAAUGAAUGGUCGAUAUGAAGUUGUUUUAGCUAAUAACAACUAGCGUCCUCUUGUUGAUAAGUUCUAUUGCUGGUUUUUUAUAGAUUUUUUCCGCUGUUCGUCUGCUAGAUGUUUUCUGUUUUUUUCCCAAGGAAAAGAUAAAUUUCUCACGCAAAAUGCCUACCGUUCUAUCCAGGACGAUUUGCUCGCUUUAUGAUUCGGUUGUUGAUAUCUUGCAUCAUAAAAAUAAUUGGAAAAUUAUCCUAGGAAGUGGUCUUGUUGCAUUGUUAGUUAUUAAAUAUAGGCAACCGAUAUUCAAGCAUAAUCCGGAAUUCGGAGAUGUAUUCCCCAACGCAGGUGGACUACCCAUUGUUGGUAUAAUACCUUUUAUAGUACUUUCUGGAAAGACUACCUUCCAAUAUUGUACCUAUCUAAGUAAAAGGAGAAGGAAGAAGAGUUUUUUUAUAUCCUUCGCUAGGCUUCCAUUCUUUAUCAUCAACGGUUAUGACGAUAUAAAAGAAACUUUGGUAAAGAGUAGUACAGCUGCUGCUGGAAGACCAGGCCCCGAAACAUCUUUAUAUCUAGUUAAUCCCGAAGCAAAAGGUAUAUUGAAUAGAGAUUAUUCGCAAGAGUUUGUUUCUCAAAGGCAAGCUUGCUUACAAAUUCUUAGAAAUUUCGGCUUUGGUAAAAGAUCUAGUGAAGAUAGAAUUCAAGAAGAGGCAUUAGCUUUAACUAAUAAACUAUUAGAAUACGAUAAACCAUUAAAUCCUACAAGUAUUAUUCAAAAUUCGGUUGCAAAUGUUAUAUGCAAUAUGGUUUUUGGCUCUAGAUACGAAUACAAUAAUUCAAUUUUUGAUAAAUUGAUAUCAAACCUAAAUUUUAUGGCAUCUUUUCAAUAUCACAAGUGUAUUGCAUUGUAUUUACCAUUUAUGGCGAAAUAUUCGACAUAUCUCCAAACGAAUAUAAAAUGCCAAACAGAAAUUAUUGAAUUCAUACAAUCGGAAAUUGAUAAGAAUCAAGAAUAUCUAAGGAAUGAGGAAGAACAAGAAAACUUUAUUUACUCUUAUCUCAAAUUAAUGAAAGAGAAAAGCGACGACUCUUCAUUUUCUACUGAACAAUUGAAAUUUGUUGUUUUUGAUUUCUUCUUCGGUGGAACUGAGACAACCGCAACAGCCAUCUCUUGGGCAUUGAUCUAUUUGGCUAACAGACCAGAGUUACAGAGACGCUUACAAGAGGAAAUCGAUAGGGUUAUAGGUGACGGUGUAGUUAGCUUACAUAAUAAAAAUGAGACGCUCUUGUUAGAUGCUUUCAUCCAAGAAACCCUUCGUAUUUCCACUCCCGUCCCAAUGACAGUGCUGCAUAAAGCCAUUGCCGAUUUGUCUGUCAACGGAUUACAUUUGCCUAAAGGUGCAUUGGUAAGAAUUAGUUGUUACUUGCAAAUUAAUUAACUAUUUAAAUCAAUAAUUAGCGCUAUAAAAAACACGAAAGUCUUUUUAUAUACAGUUCACGGCAAACCUGCACAGCGUUUUACACGAUGAAACCAUCUUUAAAGAGCCCGAAACGUUCAAUCCUGAUAGAUUUAUUCAAAACGAUAACAUUUUACGACCGGAUGAGCUAAUACCAUUUGGAUUAGGUAAGUAUAAACAAAAUAAUAAACAAUUUCUCUAUCUUUUCAUCUUAAUCUCUCAACAAAAUAAUCUCGAUAAUAAAAACACUUUUCGCUCCUUAAUCCAGGAAAGAGACUUUGUCUGGGCGAGCAAUUGGCUAAACAGGAACUUUACAUUUUCAUCGCGUCUCUUAUCCAACGUUUCGAAUUUUCUCGGGUAGAUGAAGAGAAGAUCAACGAGUCGGGCUUGCUAGGAAUAACCUAUAUGCCAAAAGACUUUCUCAUUGUUAUAAAAGCAAGAAGCUAAUCACUUACUUAGUAUAUAUACUAAUAUAUAAAGAGCCUUGUCAGAUAAAUAGCUAGCUAAAAUACAAUUAUAGGGCUAUAUAUGCAUACAAUAUUACGUCAAAAUCAGUAUAUCAGAUAAAUAUAUACCAGUAUUCUUUUUUAGUUGUAUUUGUAUAUAUAUAGUAUAUAUGUAUUGGAUUAAUAAACGACAAAGAAGCGACAGAGAGAGAGAGAGAGAGAGAGAGAGAAAAGACAAAGACCGAUUUUGCUCGCUUAUGACGAUAAACAAUUUAUAUUUGAAAAAUAUCAUUUAUGAAUUAUUAACCAUCGUAUUACUCUUCGUAAAAAUACUGUUUAUUAUUAAAGAUUAUGCAUAGUCAAUAGUCUGAAGGGUCGCAAGGGAAAUUUCAAACCAGUGAAGAAAUAUUACUGGGUGGUAGAUGAAAAAAAAGAGGGAUUGGGCCAUUUAUCUAUAUAUUAUUAUUAUUACUGUUACACGUAGAAAGUCCCAAUAUGUUUCUAUCUCUGUUUCUGUUUCUAUAUAUAAUGUAUAUACAAUCUAUGCUAAUUUUCAGUAUCAAUGUUUAAUUGAGUAAAGGCUACCAAAGAAGAAAGUGAACUAAAAAAGAAAUAAGCAUUCAUUUUGAUAUUAGUAUAUUUAUUUACAGAAUAUUCAAG